AUGUUUUCCCGCUCAGUAUUCAGAGGCCUGGCCGCUGAUCUCCGGUCAUUCACACCAAUCUCAACCUCCACCGCGGCUCCCCUUCGGCAACGAGCAGCUUGCUUCCACCAAACAAGCCUACUUCGAACACAGCAACAAGAGAGCUCGUCUCAAUCCUCUCCCACAAACCCCGACCCCCCAUUGAGCGCCUCCCCGCGUGCUCAAACCUCUCAACCCGAAGUUCAGCACUCUCCCACUGUCCCCUCGUACGACCCUUCCUCCCCAUCCUCCACCCCCAAGACACGCGCCGAUGUCCCUCUCGCAAAGCAACCCGUCGCACCUGCUUUCGAGUCCCCGCUUGAAGUGAGCAAGUCUCUCCUCUCGCGUCUACCGCAUCUAGUCGGCCAGUCGCCCCAUUAUAUCGUCGCGGAGCUGCACGCACGACCAUAUCUCUUGACGGAGGGCGACCACGUCCGUCUGCCUUUCCUCAUGCCCAAGGUCAAAUCGGGCGAUAUCCUCCGGUUCAAUCGGGCAACCGCGCUUGGUUCGCGCGAUCUCACGAUGAAGGGCUCGCCACAUCUGGAUGAGCGUCUGUUUGAGUGCCGUGUCCGUGUGAUCGGUGUCGAGGCGGAGCCGCUGCGUAUCAAGGAGAAGACCAAGCGGAGACAGCGCCAUGUUCGCCAAGUGCGGAGCAAGCACCGUCACACGAUCUUGCGUGUGAUGGAGGUGAGGGUGAAGACGCCCGAGCAAUUGUUGGAAGAAGGCGCUGUCGUUGUUGAGGACAGCGAGGAUACAUCGAGAAUUGAGGCACGGUCAUGA